AUGAGGAGGGAACACAUUCCAUGGGGCGGACUAGCCGUUGAACAAUAUUUGAUCAGAAACUGGGAUUCAGCCUCGCCAGAGUCUCCCUCUGAGCAACGUCUUCGACUUAUUUACGGCUUCCUUGACUUAGACGAGAUCCCGUAUGAAUGGUUUAUGGAUUUACAUGCGACCUCGCCCUCUCGACAGCUAACCGCCGAAGAAAUUGAAAUAAUCCUUCAGCCUUGGAGACCCGAUGCCCUCCGUAAAAAGGCCGAGUGGAUACAUAGCGGCGAUGGAAUACCUAUCCUUCUUCGAACCCACUACAGCUCUAACCUAGAAGACGAGGAGACACUGAAAGCAUGGAUAGAUGAAGAGACGUUUAAAGAAGCCUCAGACUGGGCAUGCCUUAACGACGAGAAACUCUUUAAUUUCGGCGAUGACUGGAGGCAAAUAUUUGAGAUUCUACCCGAGGUUGCUGGCCCAACGAACUCAAGACAGCUACGAUAUAUACCUCACGAUCAUCUAGAGUUGUUUCGAAAUAACUUUAAGAAGCAUAUCUCUACCGUGAAGCAGAAUUGUCCAGAUGACUGGAAAGAAAGGGAAAGCCGGGAUGAGAUUAUUCUGGAUUGGGCCAGUAGUCUGCAUAGGGUCGUUACCGAGGUCUAUCUUCUCAUCGCGGAUGAGGAAGCCUUCCAAACCAAGCAACUUCGGCUGCUCUAUCUAGAUGGGAAACGAAAUAUUGUCCGAGAGGCUCGUGUCGACCCGGACGUUUGGCAGAUGUACGACAUUAUUAUGCAGCAUUAUACUGUCCCUACUGAGCCUUACGAGUUUUCCACUGUGGGCGAAAAGUAUCGCGUCGAUGGGGAAUUGGGAAAGGAAUUGUACCAGCUAUCUGAGGGAGAUCUUGGACCAGAUGGAGGGGUAGCUCACUAG